AUGGUUCAUUUUACAGACAUAGUAAACAGUAGAAAAUGUUUAGAAAACUGCAAAGAAUUUAAUUACAAAGGUCACAAGGUCAAAGCUCAAGCUGAUACAGAUGAAUGUCCAGAUGCUUACCAUAAAUACAGUAAUGUUUCCUGUUUUAGAUUCUUUGACACAUUGGUUAAUCACGGUACAGCAGUUGUAUUUUGUCUGGAGCAAAAUGCUACCCUGAUCAAGAUUGAUAGCAAUGACAAACAAGAACAUGUAAAUCAGUACUUAGUUUGGCUCCCAGCCGAAAUCGUUCAUAUACAAGGGUACAAAGAGGUUGAACAUUUUGAGGAUUCGUGGUUUUAUGACGAUGGGAACGAGAUGGAAUUCAGCAACUGGAACCAACGUCAACCUGACAACGAUCCAGAGAACGGUCAUAUAGUGAUGAAUGUAUUAGAGGGUGGUGGCCACUGGUCUAACGUAAAUCCUGAUUACGUAGCAAACUUCCUAUGUGAAAUUUACAUUUAA